UAUCUGGUGGUCGUCGUCUCUUGAUGUCUGUAGCUGCCUCUCCGUCGCCGGAGCAGGCGCGCACGCAUCUCCCGACGCCAUGGGCCAGUGCUGCUCGAAGGGUGCCGGGAAGGCCGUCGCCGGCGACGAGGCGGAGCCGGGGCCAUCCAAGGCGGAGCCGCCGAGCCGCGGCACCUCGUCGAACAAAGGCAAGCAGCAGCCGUGCUCGCCGGCGGCCAACAAAAAGGCGGCAAGCCCCAUCGGCGACGUGCUCGGGCGGGCCAUGGAGGAGGUGCGCGCGACGUACUCGAUCGGCAAGGAGCUCGGGCGCGGGCAGUUCGGGGUGACCCACCUGUGCACCCACAAGGCAACCGGCGAGAAGCUGGCGUGCAAGACGAUCGCGAAGCGGAAGCUGACGAGCAAGGAGGACGUCGACGACGUCCGCCGCGAGGUGCAGAUCAUGCACCACCUCUCCGGCCAGCCCAACAUCGUCGACCUCCGGGGCGCCUACGAGGACAAGCAGAACGUCCACCUGGUGAUGGAGCUCUGCGCCGGCGGCGAGCUCUUCGACCGCAUCAUCGCCAGGGGCCACUACACGGAGCGCGCCGCGGCGGCGCUCCUCCGCGCCAUCGUGGGCAUCGUGCACACCUGCCACUCCAUGGGGGUGAUGCACCGCGACCUCAAGCCGGAGAACUUCCUGCUGCUGAGCAAGGGCGACAACGCGCCGCUCAAGGCCACCGACUUCGGCCUCUCCGUCUUCUUCAAGGAGGGCGAGGUGUUCCGCGACAUCGUCGGCAGCGCCUACUACAUCGCGCCGGAGGUGCUCAAGCGCAAGUACGGCCCCGAGGCCGACAUCUGGAGCAUCGGCGUCAUGCUCUACAUCUUCCUCGCCGGUGUGCCGCCCUUCUGGGCCGAGUCCGAGAACGCCAUCUUCACCGCCAUCCUCCGCGGCCAGAUCGACCUCGCCACCGACCCAUGGCCCAACAUCUCCUCCGGCGCCAAGGACCUCGUCAGGAAGAUGCUCAACAUCAACCCCAAGGAGAGGCUUACAGCAUUCCAAGUGCUCAAUCACCCGUGGAUCAAAGAAGAUGGUGAUGCUCCUGAUGUGCCACUUGACAAUGUUGUUCUCAACAGGCUCAAGCAGUUCAGGGCCAUGAACCAGUUCAAGAAAGCUGCAUUGAGAAUUAUAGCCGGAUGCCUGUCAGAGGAGGAGAUCAAAGGGCUCAAGGAAAUGUUCAAGAACAUCGACAAGGACAACAGCGGGACAAUUACACUUGAGGAACUUAAGAACGGGUUAGCAAAGCAGGGCACCAAGUUUUCAGACAACGAAAUUGAGCAACUGAUGGAAGCAGCUGAUGCCGAUGGCAAUGGAAUGAUCGACUAUGAGGAGUUCGUCACCGCGACGGUGCACAUGAACAAAAUGGAUCGAGAAGAGCACCUUUACAAAGCAUUCCAGUACUUUGACAAGGACAAUAGUGGGUACAUCACAAAGGAGGAGCUCGAGCAAGCCUUGAAGGAACAAGGGUUGUACGACGCCAAGGAGAUCAAGGAGGUCAUCUCAGAGGCAGACUCUAAUAAUGAUGGGCGGAUAGAUUAUUCAGAGUUUGUGGCCAUGAUGAGGAAAGGAUCAGGCUGUGCAGAAGCAUCAAACCCGAAGAAGAGGCGAGAUAUAGUUCUAUAGCGAAACAGGUAGUGUGUAUAGUGGCCGGUUUGUGCACAGUAUCAAAUGUGCACUUACCACGAGUGUAAUGUACACAGUGGAAUUUCCUUCCAAUUUCAUCUCAGGUUGGGCUCAGAUUCAUGGAUGGUCUUGUACAAUGUACUGGCUAGUUACUUGGGAAGAUGAAUUUGUCC